AAGAAGAAUUGGCCAAUGAGAUGGCUCGUGGUACCGCGGAUAUUUGAAAAUAGAAAUGGCUGAAGUUCGAGCUGUGCUACAGCGCUGUGAUCCGGCUCUCCUGGACCCCUGCGGAGACUCGGAGCAGCCGGACUGUGCUGAAGCAGCCAGGAUGGUCCUCUACCUGACGGAAAGUCGGCGUGUCCAGAAGGUUCUAUGGCGUCAGCUGUUUGUUCUGGACUCCAUGAUGUCUCUAUUGGAGGGUCUGGAGUCUGCCCAGCAACUGCUGACACAACCCUGCCCCCCCCAACCUGAGGGUGGGGCUCGGGCCAGGUGGAAGGCCCUGAAGGCGGAGAGCAGGUCGGGGGUGGAGGAGGUGGAGACUCUGCUCAGAUCUCUUCAGGAGAGGAUCCAACAGAUCCACAACAGAAGACACACACUCACACAGCUGAUCCAACAGCUGCACAACAAGAAGCAGCAGUGUGAACAUCUGGGGGAGUCUCUGCAGAAGGCCCAGAAUGCAUUGCAGUCAUGCGAUCGUCAGCUGAUCCAGCUGAGGGCGGAGUCAGACGCUGCGCUCGCUCAGCUGGUCAGCUGGCAGCGACUCAGAGAUGAGCUGCAGGUGAACAUCUCUGCCCUUCAGGAUGUCAUGCAGAUCAACCUGCUGUCCUUCAACCAAUCAGAGCUGCGUGUGGAGCUCAGGCCACGGCCGUCCUCCGACCAGUCGUCCAAUGAGCAGGAGCCGCUGAAACUGUCAGUCACCUGGAGCCACGACGACCGCUUCAGACUGCAGGUGAAUGACGGGACAGCCGUGCUGGUGGAGGACUGCAUGUCGGGCAGACGGCCUGAGCUCAGCGCCGCCCUGCUGGAGGUGAUGCAGUGUUACAUGGGUCAGGUGGAGCUGCUGUCUGAGAUCCAGAGACUGAGAUCCAGUUUUGCCAUCGACUGGCGUCCCGCUCAGCGUCUGCUGGUCUACCUGAAGUCGGCGCUGUUGGUGUGUCACCUGGAGGUGGAGGAGGGAUACCCGGGCGGCGGCCGGGCCCGGCUGCUGUCAGCACGAAGGGACGGACAACCUGUGGACACAUCUGGACUGAAGCCCUCUCACACUGAUCCCAGUCUGACUGACUGGUUGUUGUUUCUCAGCAUCAGUCCUCUCAUCUGACUGCUGCGUCUUUCUGUCCUCAUAUUUGGCUCUUUGUCUUUCCUCGUGUGUCCAGUAGAUGUCAGUGUGUCCCUGCUGUGUCCGGCAGUGGUGCAGUUUGGACACGGUCCUCUUGUUGGAUUAGACGUGUCUGUUUAUCACGUGUUGUUUAUUGAUGUUUUUGUUUAUGGACUCACAAACAUCAACAUGUAAAUAAAGUUUUUA